CCGGCGUCUGACUACGGCGCACGUUAUGUUUUAUGUGUGUGUGUGUGUGUUUGUGUGAGUGAGUCGGUUGAUUCGGCCAACGCUCGAAACGAUAUUCAGACAAGUCCGCCAGAAACGGCGCGUUUCUUGUUGCGUUUGUAUCGCGCGUUCGGUGGCGCAACGAGAUCGUUCGAAUCCGGGAAAACUUUCGUCGUACGCUCACAAAAUUUCGCACACCCGGGAGGAGGAACGCGAUUAGUUUCUCGACCGGCGAAAAACGCGGGAAUUGAUUAAAGUGUCGUUAGCGCGCUCUGUGUUUUGCCUACUGCCUGGUUUCGCGUACAUCUGCAAGAUUAAAUUUGGAUUACUUUGAUUGAAAAGAGGAAGACACCGCCGAUGAUUAUCACUAGCCAAGAACGUUACCCUAAACACAAGACACAGAUAUGAAACAAAUCCGACUGUUAUCUCAGAUAUUCAUCCGCAGAAAAAUUAUCUAAAUCAAGCGUUACGUAUCGAUUACGUAAUAAGUUAUCAACACGGUGCAGAAGUAAACGUCACGUGUCAAUUCAGAUAAAUAUAUCAUCGCGGUCGAUCGAAGUUAGUCCAUUGACCCGAGUUGUUAGCUGGAAGGGUUUCGCUUCACACAGAUUCAUCCCAGCCACCAAGACGGCUCUCACGGACUUCUCUCAGCGUAAAAACAUCAAGAAUUUACAUUUGAACCUGUUCCGCGCGGAAAAGUGCACCUUGAACGACUCCACACCACCAAAACGUCGGUCGGUGGUCGCGGGACAUUCGAGUAUAAGCAGUAAAACUUCGGGCGUGGCGGUGACCUUGAAAGAGUGGUGGCGCGAUGUGGGGCUGUGCCCCCGGCGCGGCUCGACCGGCGCCUCUAAGUCCACGGUAGGUGCCGCGGCUGCUACGAGGCGUUGCCAUAGGCGGGCGACCCUGCACUCCAUGGGCCAGUCCUUCAGCAUGUGCAAGUUUAACAACUGCAGACACAAGAAAAGUUUACAGUUGCGCAGUACUGGCGGGGUUGAAGGCGAGGGGCGGAUGCCGGUGAGCGAUGGGCAGGCGCGGCACCACAGUGGCGGCGGGGGCGGACUCUGCUACGACCCCGAGUACGCUCGCAUGGAAGCUUGGCUUGAUGAGCAUCCCGAUUUCGUGCAAGAUUAUUUUCUCAGGAAAGCAACGAGACAAGCAGUUGACAGCUGGCUGGUAUCGCAUGCCACUCCUGCGUCAUCAAACGCAGAACUAUCGUCCCCAACCCAUGGAGCGCCUUCGAGGGGCGGUUCCGGUGCCACCACCCCCGUGCGAAAAAUUUCCGCUCACGAGUUCGAAAGAGGUGGCUUGCUGAAGCCUAUGAUCAGCACGGUCGAUGGUCAACCUACAUUUUUAACCAGCACAACCGAAGGUCAGGAAAAUAACUUGACGUGUUCGAGUCCGACUCCGUGCAGGCGACAACGACGAAGUCGGCACGAGUUGAGGCAACUGGAUGAAAAGGAGCUUAUUUUCGAGCUGGUAAAAGACAUUUGUAACGAGCUCGAGGUACGUUCCUUGUGCCACAAGAUCCUCCAAAAUGUCUCCAUGCUUCUUCACGCGGACAGAGGCUCCCUCUUCCUCGUCCAGGGCGAGAGAAGCGGAGCGGGCCCGCCCCCGCAAUCUAGUCCGCUGGGCAAUCACCCACGCAGCAGGUGCUUGGUAUCCAAGCUAUUCGACGUGUGUUCGCGCAGCACCCUGAUGGAGAUGGAGAAAAAGGACGAAAUCCGAGUUCCGUGGGGAACCGGAAUCGUGGGAUACGUGGCUGAAAGCGGGGAACCCGUGAAUAUACCCGAUGCUUAUGCGGAUGACCGUUUCAACCAUGACAUAGACGCUUUGACGGGGUAUCGAACGAAGACACUCUUGUGUAUGCCGAUCAAAGACACCAACGGGGACGUCAUUGGGGUUGCGCAAGUGAUCAACAAAAUGGGGGACCAACCUUUUACGAAACAAGACGAAGAAGUGUUUUCGAGUUAUCUCCAGUUUUGCGGCAUCGGAUUAAGGAACGCCCACUUAUACGAGAAGUCGCAGCUCGAAAUCAAAAGAAACCAGGUGCUGCUCGACCUAGCGCGGAUGAUUUUCGAAGAACAGUCGACGAUCGAGCACGUAGUCUUUAGGAUACUGACACACACUCAAAGUCUGAUACAGUGUCAACGUGUACAAAUUUUGCUGGUACAUCAGGGUUCCAAAAUUAGUUUUUCGCGUGUAUUCGACUUCGAGGCAAACGACCUAAACGGAGAGGAGGGCGAAUCGCGGACAAGUCCUUUCGAAAGCAGAUUUCCCAUUAACAUAGGCAUUACGGGGUACGUGGCUACCACCGGAGAGACUGUGAACAUAGCACAAACGGACGAAGAUCCAAGAUUCGAUCCCAGCGUGGACGAUGGUACAAAUUUCAAGCACAAAACGAUUCUCUGUAUGCCAAUUAAAAAUUCCAAGGGUAGCAUUAUCGGAGUCAUUCAGCUGAUCAAUAAAUUCAAUGAUCUGCCUUUUACCAAAAAUGACGAGAAUUUCGUUGAAGCUUUUGCGAUAUUCUGCGGUAUGGGUAUACACAACACGCACAUGUACGAAAAGGCUAUGGUCGCAAUCGCGAAGCAAGAUGUUACCUUGGAGGUUUUGUCUUAUCACGCCACUGCCAAUUUGGACGACGCACAAAAACUACGGAGUUUACGGGUACCAUCUGCGGCCCACUUCAGGCUGCAUGACUUCGCGUUCGACGACAUCAACAUGUGUGACGACGAAACGCUUACUGCAUGCAUUAGGAUGUUCCUCGAUUUGGAUCUAGUGGAAAGGUUCCACAUGGAUUACGAAGUUCUCUGCAGAUGGUUGUUAUCUGUCAAGAAGAACUAUAGAAACGUUACUUACCAUAAUUGGAGGCACGCUUUCAACGUGGCCCAGAUGAUGUUUGCAAUAAUCACGGCCACCCAAUGGUGGACCAUAUUUGGUGAGAUUGAGUGCCUAGCGUUAAUGAUUGGUUGCCUCUGCCACGAUUUGGACCACAGAGGAACCAACAAUUCCUUUCAAAUCAAAGCAUCCUCGCCAUUAGCACAACUGUAUUCUACGUCGACAAUGGAGCACCAUCAUUUCGACCAAUGCAUUAUGAUUCUAAAUUCGCCGGGGAACAAAUUACUGUCCAACAUUUCACCAGAAGAGUAUUCAAGGGUCAUCAGGGUAUUAGAGGAAGCAAUUUUAUCGACCGAUUUAGCAGUAUAUUUUAGUUUUUUCAGGAAAAGGGGCGCCUUCUUUAACAUUGUCCGCGAAGGACCGUGUUGGGCGAUAGAAGAACACAGGGAAUUGCUUAGGGCAAUGUUAAUGACGGUCUGCGAUCUGGCGGCAAUUACCAAACCAUGGGAGAUUGAAAAGAGGGUGGCUGAACUGGUAUCUUCAGAGUUUUUCGAACAAGGCGAUAUCGAAAGGGAAAAGUUGAAUAUCACACCAAUUGAUAUAAUGAAUAGAGAAAAAGAGGACCAGUUACCCCUAAUGCAAGUGGGGUUCAUUGAUUCCAUCUGUUAUCCAAUUUAUGAGGCAUUUGGAAUGUUGUCCGAUAAGUUAGAGCCGCUGGCGGAAGGUGUGCGUCAAAACAGGAUAAAGUGGUUAGAACUCGCUGCAGCUAAUCAAUUGAUUCCCGAAAAUUCUGAAGAACGAGACGAUAACGACAACGUGUCGAAACCUACGACGCCCGAAUCAAAGAAUGGUUCACCCCCUAACCUAAAUAGUUGUUCGGCCAUUUCGGACUAA